AUGGCGCAACCGCAGCCGCAGGUGCCGCCGCAGAUGUCGCAACCUCCUCACAUGCAGCAAAUUUCCCAGAUGCCGCAAAUGCCACAGAUGCCGCAGAUGGCCCAGAUGCACCAGCGGCCAUCGUACUCGCCGCCUCAGCAUUCGCCAGCCAGCACCCCUCAACAGGCAUAUGCGAUGCCUGCGAUGCCUCCGAAUAAGCGACCACGCACUUCUCCCGCCUCUCCGCCCCAAAAUCCACAGUCACCUUACGCCGCUUCGCCCUACGCGGCCAGUCCCCAAAUGCCGGCGGCUUCCCUCCCGCCUACUCCUUCUCAAUACCAGAACCUCGCUGCGCCUGCUGCAAUGCAGCAACACCAACAACACUAUGCCCCGCCGCACACAAACGGCAACUCUGUGCCAUCUUCCGCGCCGACGCCUACUCUUUCCCUUCCGGAAACACGGCCGUCCUACCCGCCGUCUCCGGCGGCUCAGGGUUCGCAACAGUACACCGCAGCAACGUUUGGACCGGUUGUCCCCCCGCCUCCCCCAACGCCAGGCACUAUGGGCCCUCCGUCAAAACCUCCGGCAAAGGAGAUCGAGUACGACGUGGCCGACUCGCUCGCCGGCACUGGGAUUGACCUCCGCGCGGAAGAACAAUAUAUGGCCGAGUUGUACGGCGGCUCCUUCGCUCAAGAGGCAAGGACCGGCCUACCAGCGAACGCCCCGGGAAGCAAGGGUUCCUUUUAUGGUGCCGGGUUUGCGAAUCAGCCUGGCGAAUCAAUCGUCGCUCCUAGCCAGGAGGCUUACGAGGCCGAGCUGGCGCAGAGAGUCUGGGACGAAUCCGCUCAGCGGUUGGCUGUCAUACGCAGCAUCGAGAUCCUUAACCCUUUCCUGAUAAUUCCUAACCUGCAUCACCGGGUUGAGAAAAUCGCACAGGAGCACGGACUUGGCGUGAACCUUGAACUGAAGAACGCGAACCCGGCCGGGAAGCUGAGACCUCCCCAGGAAUUCCCACCUCCGAAGGUCACGGUGGGCACGAAGCUUGGACCGGACGGGGCCAUGGUGGUAACCACAGGCUCAUUCAUACCGCAUGAUGCCUAUCUGGUCGAUCAGCUGGCGCUUCUGUCUAUCGCCACCAAGCAUCGACUUAGAGAGUUGAUCGAGGACGCCAACGGCGUCGCCACCAUUCGCCAGACGACGUCGCAUGGAGAGAUACCCGCAGAAUGGGGUGACGUCGCAGUGCCUCUCCGGACCGGUCUGGAUUCUCUCCCGGAUGGCCCAGAGGGCGCUGCGGGCUCAAACCCACUCAAGCGCUCCUUUGAUGCGUUCACACAAGGCUCGACCGCUAAGGGCGGCAAGCAUGGUUCGAGAAACAUCAUGGAAGCUGUGCGCGACGGCGCCAAGGCCGAUCGCGACGUCGAGGAAGCAAGGCUUCGGAAGCGGCAGAAACGCCUCAACCCCGAGCCAGCGCACAACGGAUCCCGUGCCGGCUCAGCGGCGCCUGGCACGCCCGGCGCAGGUGCAGCCCCAGAGAACGAGGCCGGCGCCGCCAAAGCACCCUCCAAGAAGGAAUUGAAGAAGGGCGCCGCGGCGGCAAGACUCGCCGAGGCUUCGAGCACGGCCAGCACGAAUCAAACGCUCAGCACGCUCAUGGGCGGAUUCGGCAAGAAGAGGAAGGAGUAUUCUUGGAUGCAGAAGUCGGGCAGCGGCGCCAGCACGCCCAGGCAAAACACGGGAGACGCGGGCGCGGCUACGGCCGGAGGCGGCGCAAGGGUACCCGAGAAGACACAGCUUACGGGAGAUCCCAGAUACCCGCGACUCGGCACGUGGCGCGAGGACAAAGAGAAGGGCAAGAACAUACAGCUCAGGGACUGGGUGACGGCGCUGGAGCUGGACGCCAUCGAGAUCAAGGCCAUCCAGGACGCUUAUCUCAAGUUGGACUCGUCGACUCCCAAGGACAGGAGCUAG